AUGGAUGAGAAUGGGUGCGAGGAUAUGGCCAAGGAUAAGGAUGAGAAUGGGGAUGGGAAGGACGACAACGAGGACUUUGAAAUGUUGCCGGAGCAAAUACUGCUGACUGCUGACUGCUCUCGUCUUGUCUGUGACUCUUAUGGCCCUGUUUUGUAUGUUUGUGGAGCUGCGUUCAGCUACGCAUUCCGUUGGUAUUCUACCAUUAAUACUUGUCUACUUAACGGUAAAUUACAGACAUUAAACGCACGCACACACGCACACUGA